CAGGGCGUGUGCAGGGGGCAGGACAGGGCGGGUCCGCCGCCAGCAGGCUCCUCCCGCCCCAGCGCGCCCCGCCGCCCCACGUACAAAGGCGCGCAGCCCGCGGAGAGCGCCCCACCGCGAUCCGCCGGCCACCGCUCCGCAGCGCCGCAGCGCCCAGGCUUCAACACAUCCCACCAAAAUGCCUUCCCAGAUGGAACACGCCAUGGAAACCAUGAUGUUUACGUUUCACAAAUUUGCUGGAGACAAAUGCUACUUAACCAAGGAAGACUUGAGAUUACUCAUGGAAAAGGAGUUCCCUGGAUUUUUGGAAAAUCAGAAAGACCCUCUGGCUGUGGACAAAAUCAUGAAGGACCUGGACCAGUGCCGAGACGGCAAAGUGGGCUUUCAGAGCUUCUUUUCACUAAUUGCAGGCCUCACCAUUGCGUGCAAUGAUUAUUUCGUGGUACACAUGAAGAAAUGCAAGAAGUAGGCAGACAUGAACAUUUACUCCUGUCCUGAUGACAGUUCUCCCAAAAGGCCACCUAAGGCAUCUGCCCCUCAGUUUACCCUUCUAUAAAAAUUUCAUGAGCAGAUCAGGACCCUUACAAAAUGUACAAAUAGCAUUGAGCUCGCACUGGACAAGCAGAGAAUGGAAAGCUAAUUAAAUGCUAACUAAGCUUUUGAUUUUUAUAUUUUUGCAUCCUUUUACCCUCAAUAAAGUUUUUUUUAGUUCCAAA